AUGACAACUACAACCGAAGAGAAGCUCGUUGGAGCUCAAGCUCUAUCAGGUGAAGAUGACAGUAGAUCACCUUCGACUAUACCCGAUCAUAAGCAAUCCCUUGCUCAGGAGAUCGCAGCGAUGUCACCUGAGGAAUAUGAAUUGGCGGAAAAGAAUCUGAUAUGGAAGAUUGAUAGGAAUCUGGUCCCUUGGAUGACAUUACUCUUCACGAUGUCUUUCUUGGAUAGAAUCAACAUAGGUACAGCAAAACUUGCUGGAUUGACUACGGAUCUCAAAUUGACUUCGUUACAGUAUAACAACGCCUCGAUGAUCUUCUUCGUCAGUUACGUCGCAGCCGAAGUACCUUCUAAUCUCGUUCUCAAGAAGUUCAGACCAUCAAGAUGGAUUCCAUUAAUCAUGAUCGUCUGGUCAAUCUUCCAAACUACCAUGGGUCUCGUCACGAAUUACCAUCAACUCCUCGCCCUUCGAUUCUGUCUUGGUCUGGCUGAGAGUGGUCUAUUCCCCGGUAUCUCAUUCUUCCUAACUGGAUGGUACAAGCGUAAAGAAGCUUCCAAACGAAUCUCACUUUUCUUUGCCGGCGCUGUGUUAGCAGGAGCUUUUGGUGGUAUUUUCGGAUACGCACUGAGUCGGAUGGAUGGUGUUGGAGGUAAAGCAGGAUGGUCCUGGAUCUUCAUCAUCGAAGGUCUCCUAUCUUUCGUCAUCGGUAUUGCAUCAAUCUGGAUGGUCCAUGAUUGGCCAGAUCAAGCCAAGUUCUUGACUCCCCUCGAGAAAGAAAUGGUCAUUUUGAGAUUGAAGGAGGAUACUGGUAUAAUGCAAGAAGGUACUUUCAGCUGGAAGGUUGUAAAAAGAGCUUUGAAAGACUGGAAGACACCCACUUUCAUGUUGAUGUACAUUGGUUGUGCAGAACCCAUUUACAGUCUGUUUUCUCCUACCAUCAUCGCUGCUCUUGGUCGAUUCACCACUCCCCAGUCCCUUCUCCUGAGUACACCUCCCUACGUCCUCGCAUUCAUCACCACCAUGAGUACCGCCUAUCUUUCUGACCGGACAGGUAAAAGAGGGUUCUUCUUGAUGUUCUGGUCAGCCCUGGCUGCUAUCGGAUAUUUACUCUUCUUGACUAUCCCUAUAAGAUACCCUGGAGGAUUGUACUUCGCGGUCUUCUUAACCACUUGUUCGAUAGCUCCGUGUAUUGCAACCGUGAUUGUCUGGUCAGGAAAUACUUUCGGUAAUCACUACAAAAAAGCCACUUCGAUGGGUUUGAUCUUCUCCCUAGGUAACUCAGGGGGUAUCAUCUCCUCUCAAGUCUAUCGAGGAAAGGACUCGCCAAGAUUCCUCGUAGGCCAAGGAGUGACGUUCGGAUUCUCGUGUAUAUGCUUUAUAUCAGCUUGUGUCAUGUACUUCGGCUUGCGCCGAGAAAACAGGAGGAGAGAGAAACUUUAUGGACCUGCACCCGGACCAGGACAGAGCCAUGAAUGGUCUUCUGAGGAAGGAAAGCGGAGAUUUGGUUUGGAAGGUUUGACGAAAGAGCAACUUGUUGAAUUAGGUGAUGAUCAUCCUGCUCAUAGAUUUAUCUUAUAA